CAGGCUCCGGCCGCGGCCCCGCAGCUUCUCGCCGAGGCGGCGCGGCCUCCGCUCCCUCCCUCCUUGCCUCGGUCGCUGUUCGGCCCCGGCGCGAUGUCAGGCGGCGCGGCGAGCACCCCUAAGCCCCUCCCGUCCUCCGGGCCCAAGUCGCUGCGGGAGAUGCCGCAUCCCCUGGCCACGUCCAGCAGCGAGGAGAUGGGGCCGGCGCUUACCCCCAGCCCCGACCUGCUCCUGCCCCGCAGCAUCGCCGACAAGGAUCUCAGUCUGCCCAAUGGCACACCCGUGGACACUUCUAGCCCAGCCUCCUCCUCAUCUCUCCUUAACAGACUGCAGCUGGAUGAUGACUUCGAUGUGGAAACUAGAGACCUCUUUGUUACUGUUGAUGAUCCCAAAAAACACGUGUGCACAAUGGAGACAUAUAUCACAUACAGGGUUACGACAAAGACCACAAGAGCAGAGUUUGAUUUACCAGAGUAUUCUGUCCGUCGGCGGUACCAGGACUUCGACUGGUUGAGAAACAAGCUGGAAGAGUCUCAGCCAACACAUCUUAUUCCCCCUCUUCCUGAAAAAUUUGUGGUGAAGGGUGUUGUUGAUCGCUUUUCGGAAGAGUUCGUGGAAACAAGGAGGAAAGCAUUAGACAAGUUCUUGAAGAGAAUAACUGAUCACCCAGUGCUGUCUUUUAAUGAGCACUUCAACGUUUUUCUCACAGCUAAGGAUCUUAAUGCCUACAAAAAGCAAGGAAUGGCCUUGCUGUCAAAGAUGGGGGAGUCUGUCAAAUAUGUUACAGGAGGCUACAAAUUAAGAAGUCGACCACUGGAGUUUGCAGCCAUUGGGGAUUAUCUAGACACAUUCUCUCUAAAGCUUGGUACCAUUGACAGAAUAGCACAACGGAUCAUCAAAGAGCAGUUGGAAUACUUGGUGGAACUACGAGAAUAUGGACCUGUUUAUUCAACCUGGGGAGGGCUGGAAGUUGAGCUGUCAGAGCCACUGGAAGGAGUGUCUGCCUGUAUUGGGAAUUGCUGCACAGCUCUUGAAGAGCUCAGUGAGGACAUGACAGAAGACUUCCUACCUGUGCUUAGGGAGUAUAUAUUGUAUGCUGAGUCAAUGAAGAAUGUGUUGAAGAAAAGAGACCAAGUUCAAGCGGAGUAUGAAGCAAAACUGGAAGCAGUAGCCUUGAAAAGAGAAGACCGUCCAAAGGUACCCACAGAUGUUGAGAAAUGUCAAGACCGAGUAGAAUGUUUCAAUGCUGACCUGAAAGCAGAUAUGGAGAGAUGGCAGAACAACAAAAGACAAGACUUCAGGCAGCUACUAAUGGGGAUGGCAGAUAAAAACAUCCAGUACUACGAGAAGUGCCUUACGGCGUGGGAGUCAAUUAUACCACUAUUGCAAGACAAGCCAGAGACCAAAUAAGAAGUACCUUCAUGGACAGUCUAGCACUUCUAUGCUCAGUACCACUAGUCAUACUGGAGCUGUAUGGAGGACUCUUUUUGUUAAGUUAAUUGAAAUGACAGCUGCACUUAGUUUUUCAGAGUAUCUGUUCCAGCCUAUUUGAAUUUUUUUUCCUCAAUUUUUGUGUUUAAACUGGGGUAUGUUUCAUCUUUUUGAGUUAUCUUGAAUGGUUCCUUCUUUACCCUAUGGAGUGAUUGGGGUUCACAGUGAAAGUGCAUGGGGAUCUUGUUAAAAUUUACCUCUCUAGUCUGGAAGGAACUGAUGAGUGGAACACUAAAAAGAUGAAAAUAAAACUCUACUGCAAGGUGCCAAAUGACAUUUUUACUAUUCUGUUUUGUUUGCUUAAAAAAACCCAAACCAAUAAUUAUUUCUAUGAAAGAGUAGUCCCAAACCAAUCCUUAUCCUUUUUUUUUUUUUUUUAAUGGACAAGGAAAGGCUGGGAAAGAAUAUUUUCUGUUUUGCUACUGCUGUGUGCUGCCUCUGGAUGAAAUGGUCUCUGUAGACUUUUCUGUCUGGGAGUCAGGCUGGUUCUAGACAGACCAUACCAACACUAGCUGCAGAUAGCUGGUGAUGCAAGCAUGAACUGUGGUUUUUGUGAGUGUGGCAUGCUGUUGGGUCAUACUGAGUAUCUUUGUUUACCUUGGUGAUUAUGAAGUAAUGUCAGUUGACUGAAGUGUACUUGUGACUGACUUGGGGAUCAAAACCAGCCUAACAGCGGGAAUGAGUUGGACUGCAGCCUUUCAAGGGUUGUUUCUGGAAUGAGGGAGGAAGUAUGAGUCUGGUUUUUCCAAAGCUAGCUCUGGAAGUUGCAUGGUGAUCUCUUACACCAUGCUUUAUAUAUGGGUUUUGCUACAGCCACUUUAGGCUUGGUCACCUAAGAUGCCUGCUGUAGUAAAAGUAGAACUCUGCUUUCUCUCCUCCUCACACUUUCUUUGCAGCAGCCAAAAGCCAAGAGAUGUAAAAUGUUUCCUUCCACCAAGCAUCAGUGUGUGAAACUUGCCUUAAAUGGGUUGGUGAGGGAUAGAUGAGUACCCUAUUAGGUACACAGUGUUCAUACCUGUCUCUGCUGAACCACAUGGCAAGUCUUUUAGGACUACUUUUUGUCACAGAUCUAUUUUCUUUGUAGUUUUUGUUGCCCUUUAGAAUUGCAGCUGCUUCUGCAAGUCCCUUUUUUGUCCUUGCUCUUGCAGUCCAACCUCAAGUGAAUGCCUACUUGGUGUCAAUGGCCUUAGGAAUGCUGAUGUGAUUUAAACAUCCUAGUGAGAGGGGUUGGGGCUCCUAUGAGUGUAAUUCUGGGAUUUAGGGCAAUAAAUAACUCUGUGCUUACUGCAAAAUUUGAGUGAUUACUUGUUCUCUGGCAACAUUCUUGCAAAGAAUGUGAGCAGUAAUUCUUUCUGUGCAACUUCUCUGUUCUCCUGUAACAGCCUACCAGGUACUAGUCUGAUUUGGAAUUUAUUCCUUCGUAAACACAAACUGAACAUGCAGCCACCCUUCUCAGCCUGGUGGCUUUGUAGAACUCUCAAGAUCAGUUAUUGCAGCACUGUGGUAGCUGUCAGGCUAAUGAGAUGGUGUUCUCUGCAUGAAAAAGUAAAAAUAAGACAUUUUAAGAAAUUCUUUUUGGCUCAGCCUUCAAUGACAACUUUGUGGUACUAAGACUGUGUUCCUUGUUUUAAGGUCAGUUUGUCAAUAUGCACUUUUUGGUGUAAAUGAGAACUCUGUUUUAAGUUACCGUCAGGUUCAGAAUCACGGACUCCUUUUGUUCAGGGGAAGUACUUAAGGGGAUCAUCUUGAAGCAAUCUAGAAUAAGCACUUGCAUACUAUCUAACAGUCUGUCCUUCAGGGUUACAGUCUUCCCCAUUUUCCACCAAGAAAGAUAACAUGCUUUUUUAAUUAGUUCAUGUGGAAUAAAUGGAAUUUUGUAGCUGACUCUACAACAUCACUUAAGCAAAAUAUAUUUUGAACUAAUAUUUAGUCAGUCUUCCCACCAUUUUAUUAAAAUAAACAGCACAAGAUGAGUAGAAAGAAUGGUGUUUUUUUCCUACAGGUUGUUUCAUCUGAUGCCUUACAAUACUAAGGGACUCUUCCUGCUUUGCUUUAUGUCAAACUGAAGUGGGUGUUGCUUCUGGGCAAUUUAGCAAUUAAUAUGACAGCUGUUCAUGAAAAGUGUAGUGGAAGUGGAGAGUACCAAAUGAAGUUCAAGUCAACGUGUAACUGUUGAGGCUGGAGCUGCUGAAGAUCAGGAUAUCUUGCGUGAUCUGGACCAAAACAUCUUAAGCUCUUACAAGGGAAGUAAAACUUGGCAUUCAAAGGAGAAGCCCGCUGAAAGAAUUGCUGCAGUGUAAUAAGAGUGUGCAUAGGUGGGUCUCAGUUCCUACAGGCUGUGUAGUUGGUCUAUUCUUAUGAAGAGCUGUUGUAAAUCACAGGGUGACUGAGGGAGAGGCUGUGGAUGAGGUGGGGGUAGGAUCCUGACCUUGAUGUUUGGGGCACCAUGCCAGUCAGGAAAACUACAAAAGUUGCAGGAAAUUCUGGUAAGAUGUGCAGAGUGACACUUGUGUGACAUAACUGCUGUUGGAGGGAGGUUGAGUCCUGAACUGAAACUCUUAACAUGUUGUCCUGUAAUCCUUAUAGAAGUCUUUACUUUGGAUUCCACACUUCCCUGAGAGAAACAGAAGAUUUUUGGUAAAGGGAAGCAGGAAUAGUGCAGGUGCUUCAUAUUUUCUGUAACUGGUUGAGUGUUAAGUCACUUAAGAUGACUCUCUGCACAUGGACCAAAAUGGCACCAAAAGUAGUUGGCACCCUUUUUAUGAGCUUGUGGUUCUUUCAGCAGUCCCAGUUUUCCUCAUAGUCCAUAGCCAGGGCAAGGUUCUCUCAGCGGAUGCAUAAUUCACUGCUGCCCCGUUACUUCUGUAUCAUUUCUGUGGUGUUUGUUUCUUCUCUUAAGUGGCACCAGCACAAUAAAGAAAGCACUGAGAUCUUUUCCGUGUGCUCAGUAAUGGACCAUGCAUUGUUCAUGUAUACCUUUAUCAGGUUCUAAUUCUUGCAAUAAACAUAGAUGUUGAAACAUCAUGGCUUUUUCAGGUAUACAUUGGAAAAUGGAAAGGUAAUAUGUGUAGCUCUAAAGACAAACAGUUUUGUUAUGAAUUGUUAUUAAAGUUGUUUUUAGUUGUUAUUAAAGAAUGAAGUAUGAUUCUUCACUGAAAUCUGCUUGGAUUUUUGCUGCACUAAAACUUGUGCAAAGGAUAAAGUAGUGGAGUAACUGAUAGCAACAAAGCAUGAGUGGCAGAGAGAGUUCUGUGGAAGUACUGUGUAGCAGCCUUGAAGCACUGGCUCUGCAUAGCCUGUUCAUGACACAUACUGCUUUCAGGUGUCAGUCCUGCAGAUGCAAGGGUACAAAAGAAUUCUUUCCCACAUCAGCAGAUGUCCAUUAUCUAACACAAGCCAUGCUUUUGUUAAAACUUGCACAAUUUAACUGGAUAUCGUUAUGAUUACUGUUGCAGACUGUUGAAAAUCCUUGUCCUGAUAACCACUGAACAAAACUGUAUAGACUAAAUUAGCUCAUUAGAUGUUCUGUCAUUUUAAAUUCUGAAGGUAGAAUAUUCUUUCCUUGGGUAUAUUAACUUUUACUACACCAAUACAUAGGGAAAGUGAACACUUGUUCUACAGGCAAGUUGCUACUACGUGUUGGAUUUUUUUUUUUUCCUCUUGUGAAGUAAAACUGGGGAUCACAGGAAUGAAUUUGCCUUCUGGCAGAUUGAAUGUGGCAUUUAAAACUAUUUGGGAGUGCUGUUGAAACAACUUACAAACUAAAAUGGCAGUGCUUAAUUCUGUGCUUAGCACUUGAAAGUCUUGCUGAAGUAUCUGAGUUGUAGAAGUACUUUGCAAUGAACUGGACAAGUUUUAAGGUUGCAUGCCUAAAGCACAUUAAAUUUGCAGAAAAUAAUGAACUUUCCAAAGAGGUGUAAGUAGAUCAUCUUUAUGUAAAUGGCAUGCUAAAACAAUAAAGGCUAGUCACUGUCCUAGAUUGCUUUGAAGGUCUAUGCUUUGAAGCUAAACCAUUUCCUUAACCCUGGUGCUGGUAUCCAUACCUUCAGAUUAAGCUGCAGUGUUGUGGCCAGUGCAAUAUUCCCACUGGACAAGGAGACAGAUUAGUGAGGGCCAGUCUUACAAUAAGAGCAUAAGAGCCAAAGGGCUUGUGUCUACAGUACACAGAAAUAAAGAAGCACUGUCCUUGUUCUUGCUUCUCUGUGCCUGCAUCCCUCUGUUGCUCCCUAAGGUCUGGAGAGAUGGGCUGUGCAGGUGAAGGCAAGCUGGCUGUGAGCUUCACACAUUGUGUUGAAGGUGUCAGUGAUGGGGACCAAAACGGUGCUGGUUCCUUGUCCAGACUUUUCUACUUUCACUCUAUAAACCCACUCACCAGAACUAGAGUCACUGUUCAUACCAUUAAAAUACAAAAUGAAAGCUGUGAAAAGACUUGUCUCUGUGUGAAUUAGCUAGUAAACAAUGUAAAAAUGGGAAGGAGGCAUUUGCGUCCCGUACAUGGUCGAAUCUGGCAACUAGGCUCUUGUUCAGACUCGCAGGCUAUGAAAUGUUGUCUUGCCUUCUGGUGCUGGCAUGUUUCUAUACCCUUUCAUAUAUCUCUUUAAAUAUACUUUGUGCAUUGUUUACUAUGGAGCUAGUAUUGAUGGAGAAAAAUGCUUUGAGGUAAAACUGUUUGUAAUUCUCUAUUAGUGUGUACAUUUUUUAAAUGCACCAUUUGUUUACCUCAAUUAAUUUAAUGGAAUGGACCAAUAAAUGUAUUAAAAGAUGACUCCUUUA